AAUUAGCCUCUCCCCUCUCUUCCUAAGUACGAACACAAUCACUACCGUUGAAACGUCAUCGCACGAUCACGGCAGCGGCGAGCCACCAGACUCUUCGCUAAUGCAAGCUUUGAUUGGGUAUAAAAGUAGCUGCUAGUGGCUGGUUUGAGCGCGUGGGGGUCAUCGUUCCCUGCUGUGCUCUUUUUCUUCGCAACGGUAGCUGGGAUCCGCCUCCCAAUCGCCAAGCAAUGGUGAAGUCAUACCCGAUGGUGAGCGAGGAACACCUUAAAGCGGUUGAUAAGUGUCGGAAGAAGCUCCGAGGUUUCAUCGCCGAGAAGAACUGUGCUCCGCUCAUGCUUCGACUGGCUUGGCACUCGGCUGGGACGUACGAUGUCAAGACGAAGACGGGAGGGCCGUUCGGGACGAUAAGGCACCCGGAUGAGCUUGCACACGGGGCGAACAACGGCCUUAGUAUCGCUGUGGGGUUGCUGGAGCCGAUCAAGGAGCAGUUUCCGAUCCUUUCGUAUGCCGACUUCUACCAGCUUGCUGGAGUUGUUGCUGUUGAAGUCACUGGUGGACCUGAGGUUCCCUUCCAUCCCGGAAGGGAGGUAAGCAUCCUGAUCUUCUUAUUUAUGUUUUAUAUGAUUAGUUUGUUUUUAUCUAUUUUCUUUUAGUAUUUAGUUGUAAAU